AUGGCCUCUACCUUCGACAUUGCCAAUGCGCGCUCCAAGUUCCCUGCUUUGAACCAGAAGCAGGUCUUCUUCGACAAUGCCGGCGGUAGUCAGGCCCUGGGCGAUGUCAUCAAAUCCAUCUCCGAUUACCUCUCCACCAACAAUGUCCAACUUGGUGCUUCAUAUCCCAUCGGUGCUGCUUCGACCAAGCAUUUCAGCGACGGCCUUGUAGCUGGCGCCCAGUACAUCAACGCCGAGAAUGACGAAGUUGUAAUUGGCGGCUCCACCACGCAGCUCUUCCGCAACCUCUCCAUCGCCAUCGACUUCUCGCCCGGCGACGAGCUCGUCGUCUCCAACCUCGACCACGAAGCAAACAUAGCUUCCUGGGUCGCCAUCGCCAAGCAGAAGAACCUCACUCUAAAGUGGUGGACCGUCCCACCGACCACCAACCCCAAGCUCACGCCCGAGUCGCUCAAGCCGCUGCUCUCCCCCAAGACCAAGCUCGUGACCUGCACCCACGCCUCCAACAUCCUCGGCACCAUCCACGACAUCCGCUCCCUCGCGGACACCGUCCACACCAUCCCAAGCGCCCUCUUCUGCGUCGACGGCGUCGCCUACGCUCCCCACCGCCGCAUCGACGUCAAAGCCCUCGGCGUCGACUUCUACAGCUUCUCCUGGUACAAAGUCUACGGCCCCCACAUCAGCAUGCUCUACGGCUCCCGCGCCGCCCAAACCGCCCUCACGCCCCUCUCCCACUACUUCAACCCAACAACCACCCUAACCGACAAGCUCGGCCUCGCCGCGUCCAACUACGAACUCACCCAAACGCUCCCCGUCCUCCUCACCUACCUCGGCGGUCCCUUCGCCGCCGGCAACGCGGCCGGCGUCUCCUCCGCCAUCGCCGCGCACGAGCAGCGCCUGCAGGCCGUGCUGCUCGACUACCUGGCGAGCAAGGGGGAUCUGGUGACGAUUUACGGCGAACGCGAUCCCGACGCCGCCAAGCGCGUGCCGACGGUGAGCUUCGGCGUGAAGGGCAAAAACGCGCGCGAGGUCGUCGAGGCCGUCGAGGCGGUGUCGGACUACGGGUUCCGCUGGGGCCACUUCUACAGCAAGAGGCUGUGCGACGAGGUGCUGCAGCUGGCGCCGGAAGGCGUGGUGCGCGUGAGCAUGGUGCACUACAACACCGAGGACGAGAUCAGGGGCUUCGUCGAGACGUUUGAUCGCGUCAUCUUUGGGGGAUCGAAGGCGUGA